CCUGACCCGGCUCUCCGACUCCCAUCCACACCCGGGACCCGAAUCCGGUACCCGGUGCCAGCCCCGACCCCGACCCUGACCGGUACCGGGACCCCGGACAACCCGACACCCCGACCCCGACAUCUGCGACCCGGGAGCCGCCAACUCGGUAACGAGGACCCGGGACUCCGACACCCGCCGCUCGCUGCAUCCGUUACCGGGACCCGGACAAUCCCGGACAAUCCCGGACCGACCCGGUAACCGGAGACCCCGAGCCCGGGACCCCGACUGAACGACCCCCGGUCCCUGCAGCGCCAGCAGCCCCAGUGGGACAGCAUGAGCUACAUUGGCGGCCGCGGGCCGGGGCCACGACCCGGGCAGUUGAACCGCUCCAUGUCCCGCACCAUGUCGAUCAGCGCCUCGUUGCUGCCGGAGGGGCCGCGGCCGCAGCUGGACGGGCAGGGCCGAGCGGCCCGGACCAGGAGAAAGAGGACACAGGAGAAAGAGGACAUCAAGGGGCUGAACAACAGGUUCUCCGACCUCAUCGGACAGGUGCGGAAGUUGGAGCAGGAGAACCAGGUGCUGCAGACCAGGUUGGAGCUGCUGCAACAGGGCGACGAGUACAAGUCCAACGCGGACCAGAUCGUGCAGCUGGUGUGUAGCCGCCUGCAGCAGCAGCUGGGGGAGAUGGAGCGGGAGAAGGAGAGGCUGAAAGCCCAGAUCGCCCACACCCAGCGCUUGGUCGACGACUUCAAGCAGAAGUAUGAGGACGAGAUCAACGCCCGCACGGCCAUGGAGAACGAGUUCGUCAUCCUCAAGAAGGAGGUCGAUGAGGCUUACUACCAGAAGGUGGAGUUGGAAUCCAAGCUGGAGUACCUGACCAACCUGAUUGAGUUCCUGAAGUUGCUCUAUGCUGAGGAGAUCGAGGAGCUCCAGUCCAAGGUGAAAACGACCGCAGUCACGUUGACGGUGAAGAACCAGCGGCGCCUGGACAUGAGGGGCGUCAUUGAAGACGUGAAGCAGCAACACGCCGACAUCGCAGCGCGGAACAAGGCGGAGGCCGAAUCCUGGUACCAGAACAUGUUGCGUGAUCUGGAGCAGGACAGGAGCCGACAGAACGAUGAGCUGCGAAACUCCAAGACCGAGGAGGCCGAUCUCAUCCGUCAGCUGCAGCGACUGAAGUCAGAAAUCGACAACGGCCAGAACCAGCGAUCGUCGCUGGAGGCGGCCGUGGUGGAGGCGGAGGACCGGGGGCAGAUGAUGAUCAAGGAGGGGAAGAACCACGUGGAGGAGCUGCAGGGGGCGAUACGCAAGGUGAAGACGGACCUGGCGGAUCAGGCACGUGAGCACCAGGAGCUGCUCAACGCCAAUGCCCUGGACAUGGAGAUCGCCACCUACCGCAAGCCCAACCUGGACGGGGAGGAGGAGAGGGAUGGGGUCCCGACCAGCGGAACGGUUCGAGUGAUCCAAUCAACGGCCAAGCAAAACAGAACUACAACACUGAAUUUUUAAGAUUUCUGGGACAUCGUGGAGGGCGAUGGGAUGGUGACGCUGGUCGUACAAACAUGGAGACGGCUUCCUCCUCACCAACACCACGGCAACGGCCACAAGGAGGCGCUCUGCCCGAGGGUCCACGGGGCCUGUCGGUCACCGAGAAGAUCCGACAUCACCACCAUCAACGUCCCACUGUGCACCUCCUCGCAAACCUUUCCUGCAGUCUCUCUCUCUCUCUCCUCUCUCCUAAUCUGCUCUGGGCUU